AUGUCCAACCUGCAGCGCCGACAGAGCGCAAAGGGAGAGUGGAUUCCCACCGAGGGCGCCUGGCCCGUCGACCCGCAGGACGACGUCGACGUGUCGCAGGACCGCGUCUGGGUAGACGGCUGCUUCGACUUUGCCCAUCACGGCCAUGCCGGCGCCAUGCUGCAGGCCCGCCAGCUGGGCUCCGAGCUGCUCGUCGGCGUGCACUCGGACGAGGCCAUCCUCGAAAACAAGGGCCCGACGGUCAUGCGCCUGAACGAGCGCAUGAUGGCUGUCGAGGCCUGCCGCUGGGCCACCAAGGCCAUCCCCCACGCGCCCUACGUGACGUCCCUGCCCUGGAUCUCCCACUACGGCUGCCACUUUGUCGUGCACGGCGACGACAUCACCUCCGACAGCGACGGCAAGGACUGCUACCGCUACGUCAAGGCUGCGGGGCGCUUCAAGGUUGUCAAGCGCACGCCGGGCAUCUCGACGACCGACCUCGUAGGCCGCAUGCUGCUGUGCACCAAGUCGCACUUCAUACAGUCCCUCGAGAAGAGGCUCUCGGGUGACGAGGGCCCAGGAGGGGAGCUGGAGAGGCACAGGGAGGGAGAGGCUAUGCUGCAGCGCAUCAGGGACUAUGCGACGGAUGCCACCGGCCGAGCGCCUGGCUGCGACGUGUGGUACUGGCACGCCUCGAGACCGGCCAAGCUUCGCAGAACGACGACGAGCAACGCGACGAACGCUGCCUCGACCGAGCCGCGCCCCGGUGCAGCUAGCUCCCAGGCAGCCAGCUCGGCUUUCGGGCCCGUGAAGGAGGAGAAGGGUAAGUUUCACCAACUCGUGCAGGGCAAGGGUGUCAAGCCUGGCCAGGUCGUCGUCUACGUCGACGGCGGGUGGGAUCUCUUCUCCUCCGGCCACAUCGAGUUCCUGCGCAAGGUCACCGAGAUCGAAGAGAACGCCGCAAAGGAGCGCGGGUGGUACACGGGAGAGGCCAAGGCAGACAGGAUCUCCAAAUCUGGCGAGGACUACGGACCAGUCUUCCUGAUUGCAGGCAUCCACGACGACGAGGUCAUCAAUCACUGGAAAGGCAUCAACUACCCCAUCAUGAACAUCUUCGAGCGCGGCCUGUGCGUGCUGCAGUGCAAGUACAUCCACGCCGCCAUCUUCGGCGCCCCCUUCUCCCUCUCCAAAGCCUUCCUCCUGACCCUCCCCUACGGCACCCCGAUCGCCGUCUACCACGGCAUCACCAAGUUCAUGCCAUUGACCUACGACCCGUACGCCGUCGCCAAGACGCUGAACAUCUACCGCGAAGUCGCUAACCACGAAUUCCAAAACGUCAACGCUGCGGAGAUUGUUGCUAGGAUCAUGAAGAGCAGAGCGCUGUACGAAGAGCGGCAGAGAAAGAAGGGCGAGAAGGGCGUCAGCGAGGAAGCAGAGAAGAUCAGGCAGGAGCUCGAGAGGGAGCAGAGGCGGAAGGAAGUCGAGGGUCAAUUCGGCAUUUAGUGCAAGGCGUCGAGGGAGAUCAGAAGAGAAUGAGUGGGCGUGCUUCUGCCCCUUCAACAUCCGGCGAUUAGCUAGCGUAUCUUUAUCUCCGCAAUUAGCGCG